UAAGCUGAAACUCAUAGACUUGAAGAUGGCCAGCAGUAUAAAACAAUCACCAUAUAACCUGGAGCGACAAUAUUCGGAAGAUUUUAGUUUAGAAUCAUUUCCAUCAUCUCCAUCUAUAUCCGAAAUUGUUUUAAGAAUCAUCGCUAAGACUAGAAUGAACAACGGUCACUGUUACUUGGGGCUAAAUGAGGAGACUGGGAAGAUUUACAGGCCUAUAACAACAACACAGCCCGGAACUUGCUGUUGGCAUUCAAGCCGAAGUUUCAGUUUACAAAAAUCAUACCGUUUUCGUGUAACUUUCCAUCCCGAUCACCCUAUUGGGUACUCCUUCACUCCGCUUCCUCACAGAUUUGAAGACAUGGUUGUUGAGUCAUUUGUUUCCGAGGAGGAUACCGGGCAAUUUGAUCCACGAUGUCUAUCGAAUGAAGCAAAGCGGGAUGUCGAUGAAAUAUUUUACGGAAUUGAGGAAAAAAGAUAUCUGAAGGAAAAUACAGACUCCCGUUCAACGGGAAUACUGAAAUGUAGUUCCGAAAAUGUUUCCAUAUAUGAUAACAAUUGGCAAAAGAGAAAAUGCAGCAUUAAGAUGGAUUCCGGAAGUUACGAAUUUCCCGUGACAGGGAUUGACAUGGAGAAGAUUCCGGACGAAAGCAAAGAUCUUAUUGUAGUCCUUGGGCUAGCUCGCCCCUACGACAAAGAUGGCGAAUACGAUCCUGCUCGAUGUUACAUUUUGGUCGUUGGUUUAUUCAUUCUGUAAUAACACACACAUAGUAGGUGUUCAAAUCUUAUGACUUCGAAUUAGAGUUGCUAUAUUGUUUAGAAUGUUUAUGGCAAUAAUAAUGAUUUGAAUUAUAAAAGUAAAAACUAUUAACUAUGUUCAAAUACUUCGCAAUGUCAUAUUUAGGUGUUUCCUUAUCAACUUUAAGUCUUAGACUAUUCCAAGAGGAUGUUUUCUCGAAUUUAUCUUAAUAGAGAAAUAAGUGAAAAUAAAAUCUUCCAAAAAAAUGCAGUAGUAUUGGUAAAUUUAAAAAAAAAACCUAGUUAACAACCAGUACUGUUUAGAUAUCACCAGAGCUGUUCAUUGUCAUUAAAUCGUUUGAAUUUU